AUGCAGGAGGAGUUCGACGCUCUCUUGGCCAACCGCACAUGGGCUUUGGUCCCACGUCUGCCGCGCGCCAACAUUGUGAGAGGGAAGUGGGUUUUCAAGCACAAGUACAAGGCAGACGGUACACUAGAGCACUACAAAGCCCGCUGGGUUCUCCGCAGCAUCACUCAGUGUCCAGCAAGUGCCCGUGCUUGGUACAGCCGCUUCGCCUCCUACAUCUUGCAUCUUGGAUUUGUGGAAGCCAAGACAGAUAUUUCGCUGUUCAUCUACCACCAGGGAGCGGACACUGUCUAUCUACUGUUUUACGUGGAUGACAUUGUUCUUACGGACUCGUCGCCACCCCUGCUACUCCGUGUCAUUGGCAUUCUACAGCAGGAGUUCUCUAUGAAGGAUGUGGGGGAGCUUCAUCAUUUUCUAGGUAGGCGCGUGCAGUGUUCCGGUGAUGGUCUUCUUCUAUCUCAGCGGCAGUACAUGAUGGAGAUUCUCGACCGUGCUGGUAUGUCUGACCGCAAGCCUUGUGCCACUCCAGUUGACACAAAUCCAAAGCUUCCUGCUGAUGGUGGAGUACCUGUUGCCGAUCCUAUAGAAUUUCGCAGCCUUGCUGGAGCUUUGCAACAUUCUGAUCUUGUGGUCUAUUCUAUUGCUGAUUGGGCUGGUUGCCUUGACACUCGCAAGUCAACUUCAGGUUAUGCAGUAUUCCUGGACGACAACCUCAUCUCCUGGUCCUCGAAGCGUCGGACUGCAGUAUCUCACUCGAGUGCAGAGGCGGAGUAUCGAGCUGUCGCCAAUGCCGUGGCUGAGCAUCAGUGCACCAAGCAUGUGGAGAUCGACCUCUGCUUCGUUCGGGAGCGAGUUGCUACAGGAGCUGUCUGCGUUCGCACUGUUCCUACCAGUUCACAGUGCGUCGACAUCUUCACUAAAGACCUGCUAUCUUCUGAGUUCACGGAGUUCAGGUCUAGUCUGAACGUUCAGGCUGCCGACGACAGGGUGUUAGAUAUGUAA